UAUUGUUUUUCAACGAAGACGUUAUUUAGCUGCAACUGAAUAGAAGACAUCAGCUCGGAAACCCAGCUCGGCAGAGACGAAACAGUAGUCCUCCCUUUCGUACAGAGAAAGUUAUAGAAGAUGGUCUUUACAACUUAUAUUUUCAGAGAAGACCUUGAGAGGCUCAAAAACGACGCCGCUAAUGGAUCAAACGGAGGAAGUUUGUAUGGUCAGUUGACGAGCACUGGAAACCCGGUUGUUCAUGUUGCCUUUAGCGAGACUGGCCCUCUAAAGCCCGGUAGUGAAACAAAGUUGUACGAAUCUUAUAGGCUGUGCCACAUCGGGGAAUGGAUUGCAGGAAAAUUGGAUUUUCGCACUAGACAGAAUCUCCUAAGAAAAUGCAAAGGAUAUGGAAGUCCAUCAAGAUUCGUGGUUCUUGAAGUAGCCAGUCGGGUCUUAGUCACUCCUUACCUUUUGGGCGAAUAUACACAGGAAAAGGAAGGAAAACUUGAAGAAUUGAAGGGAGAAAACCCAUUCAAUCGUCGAGAUGUGCUUACAAACGCGGUAGUUGGUCAAAAGCAGCGUACCUCGGCGGAACGUCAUCAUGCUACCGCUGGGGCGGUUGCGAUUCGAGCACACCAGUCACCGGGAGAGUGGCAGCGGUCUCCAGCACCCCGAGGUCAGGUAGCUCUUACGUCUCCGGAUCAGUGGUACGCUAAUCAAGAAGGACAGACUGCGCUCAAAUUUGUACUCGAGAGUGUGAGAGCAAUGGCUCAGUAUGGCCAGGUAGACAUGACAAGAGAUACCGAAACCCAUGACAUGUGCAUGUCGUUUACUGACUUGUUCAAUAAGAAGUGGGAAGUGAAGUUUUCUUUUAGUUUUCCCAGAGGUGGAGUAUUGGUAACUAACAAGAGCCAAAGUAGAACCGCCCAAGCGCACUCGUAUCAGACAAGUUCCUCAAGUUAUGGAAACUUUGGGCUAGAACCUUACAAAAUGUCUGGCUGUGAAAGAGUAGACGAUAUGGUGGAAAAAAUUAAAACUUACAUCCGACUAAAGUAAACGAAAAGCGAAAAGGAUAAAGGAUCUCUUAAAACACUUCAACCCUGAUUUUAUGCAAGUGACUUAUACUAUAGAGAACGUUUGAGAUAUUAUCAUUAACUAUUCUGGUGGUCAGUGUUAAAAUAUCUUAGCUACAUAUAUUUCACCCCCAAACUCACUUCAUCACCACAAUUCAAAGCAUGUUUCACAGAUGUAGGAGGAAGCUGAUGAAACUUUGCCUUCGUAAGUAGUGGCUUGUCCGCUGAAGUAGCAAGUGAUAAAAUUUGUGACUACAAACUUGACAAAGACAAGUAGUUAAACAUGCCCUGGUUAAAUCCGAUGAAUUUUAACUAAAAAUUAAUUGAUACCAUAGUACAAUUAGUGAGAUCGGCCAUACAGUGUAAAAAGUAAAGGCCAGCAGGUUUUCUCAUGAUUUUUAUAGCGUUGAACUCAUUAUUAUACGGUGAUUACUGGCGUUGCUAAACCUAGAUGUGUUAAUUGACUUCAAAUGUCAAUCUUUUGAUAGCCAUAUGUUAAUAAAAUAAUUUAAGGUCUCAGAAC